AGGGACAUAUAUAUGCUGAUAUCAGUAAUAUUCCACUAAAUUUGGAUUGAUUGAAGGAAAAGGCGCGGUAAUUGAUGCGUGAGCAAUUAUUUACUCUGGUUUUAUAUCCUACUGAAGGAGCACCCAAGCGUUACUUGUUUACCUGGGGAAAUCCCAAUAUGUAUUGUGUAUUAUUUAUAAGUUUUGUUAAAUCAAUAAAAACACGGGGAAUUUAUUUUUAAAGUUAAAGGAAUUUUUGCAAGAACGGUAAACAUUUUUUGUGUUGAAUGGAAAGUUUUGUAUGAAGCACAUUCGUGUUAACUUAGGCUAUAUAUCUCGAACACCAGGUAUAAUAAGCGACAUAUACCCACUUUAUGAUGUUUAUCCAAUGGUUCGUUGAGGUGGUGGCUAUAUGGCUGAUGUCAGAAGGAUGUGCACGAUGUUACGGACAAGUCAUAGACCCGUCGCUGUUUAGAAAUGUUCUGGAUGAUGUAGCAAACAAUGCACUGGGUGUGAACGAAAUACAAAAUUAUUUCAACUCUCUGACAUAUACGGACACACCUGUAGAUGGACCCAGCUUGGCAACAGAGAUUUCAUCGUCUUUAAGUAGUAAAUUUAAUGGGCCUAUACAAGCGUUAGGGAAACUUAAAUCUGCAGUGGAGCGAGAUAUUUCUUCAUUUCAAAGUGUUACAGGCCUAGAUGAGUGUUGCCAAGCGACAGGAAAUGUGUACAACGAAAGGUUCAGAAGCACGGUAAAUACCAACGACGCAUGUAUAACAAUCUCUGAAAAUUCGCCCUCCACAAUAAGAUACCCAACUCAAAGCAUAGUGGAAGUUAUGAAGGAAAACUACCGCGAUAAUCCGGAGUUAAAGUGGCAGUACUUGGGGACUGAAGAUGGAAUACUCCUUAAUUAUCCGUCAUUUAAGUUUUCAGCAUGCAGGGACUAUGAUCCAAGAUUCAGACCAUUUUACGUGAGUUCUGCAACACCAGUCCAAAAGGAUGUUGUCGUUGUAAUUGACAAAUCAGGGUCAAUGAGUGCAUUACACAACAACCAGCCUCUCAUUCAGAUUGCUAAACAAGCCGCAAUUACGGUGUUACAGACAUUAAAUCCAAAUGACAGGUUUUCUGUUGUUGCAUUUUCGAGUGGUUCAGAAGUUCUCGGUGCAGGCAUUCGAGACUGCAUUUCUUCUUACGAGUUAUCCGAAGCCACGCCCCUCAACAUAAAAUUCAUUGAAGAAAGAAUAAAUAAAGUGUCGGUCAGCGGAAUGACAAACUAUGAGUCUGCAUUAGACACAGCCUUCAAAUUCUUCGAAUCUUCGGCAAAAAAUAUAAGUGGAGAGUUCAGAGCAGAACGAGUGAUAAUGUUUUUAACGGAUGGCGAGAAAACCGCUGGUGGAGAUCCUUUGUCUCUGAUUGCUAAUAGAAACGGAAACAUUGGAAACGAAGUUGUAAUACUCACAUACGGACUUGGAGCUUCACUUCCCGAAGCAGCACAGACUAUGUUAGCUCAAAUGGCGAAUCAGGCCAAAAGUAAUUCUAGCAAAGGUGAAAUACAGCGAGGUAUAUUUGAACAUAUCGAAGAUCCAUCCAAGCUUCGAUCAUCCAUGGCGUCAUAUUAUAACAAAUUUAGCAAGGACAACACACAACAGGAGGCUACAUUCACUGUUCCAUACUACGAUCUCUUUGGUUUAGGUCUACUGACGUCGCUCUGUCUGCCUGUUUACAAACCAGAUACUUCUUUGUUCGGAGUUGUGUGCUCUGAUCUGACAAUGUCAAAUCUCGUGUCAGAUAUCACCUACUUCCGGCAAGGAGAAAACUCGUAUUCUUUUAUUAUUGACGGUAGAGGGCGUACUCUAAUGCAUCCUCUACUACCUUUGCCAUCUCAGGCAAGCGAUGAUCCAAUUUACGUUGACAUUCAACAUCUAGAGAGACAAAGUGCAGCAAUGGAAGUUAUUAUGUCCAUGAAAAGUGGAAUUAGUGGUAGUAAAAAGUUUGUUUCAACAAGAACAAUUUCACGAGGAGAUAUUUACUACGAGGGCAUAGAAACAAGAGCCGUUGAGUCGACUUACUCCUGGACACCGGUGCCUAAAAGCAAUUUCUCGCUGUGUAUCGUUGUUGCAUCGGGAGACGUUCAAUCUACUAUAGACGCCUUGCAACCUAAAACAGAUACUUUUUUCUAUCAUAGGAUGGACCUCGCAGAUAGCCUACAUUCAAGUUGCAACCAUUUUAACAGAUAUGCUACAAGUGACAAAUCUGCUGUAAUGAUAACCGCAGGAGGGUUUAUAAACCCAUCCCUCUAUUUAGAAACGGAAGAAACAGACCACGAAACGGAAAAAUAUACAAACUUUAUCACAGGAAAAACAGGUCAAAACCCUGGAUUUAAGCCUUCAAUUAUAAACUCUGUGACAGCAUCUUACAAAGCUGAGGAAAUAUGGAGAAAUAAUCCAGAAGCUGGAAAAAUGGUGAUAUGGCGGUACAUAGGAACUACAGAUGGUGUAAUGCGCAUGUACCCAGCCGUACAACUUCCUAAAAACUACGAUCAUACCAGGCGUCCUUGGUAUGAAAGAUCUAUCGCUAACAAAGGAAAACUGGUACUUUCCGCACCGUAUGAGGAUCAAUGGGGUUCAGGAUUUCUAAUUACUUUAUCAACGGCUAUAACAGAACCUGGGUCGUCAAAAAGAACGUUUGCUAUUACUGGUACGGACUUUACCAUAACGUACUUAUACAACACUCUGAUUACAAAGUACGAAAAAUGUGACAGCGGUGAAUACGAAUGCUUCCUUAUAGACGACAGUGGUUUUGUCAUUUUGCACCGUGACUUCGUUGAGACAACAACAAAGAGACCAAAUCUAGAAAACGUUCAUCUUACAUUUAAGGAACCUGCAAUUGCAGAUGAUUUAGUAAACAACAAUAUCAUGGCAAAGGCGCAUUGCAUUGAUUUUGAAAAUAUUAAAGAACAGUAUAGUUACAGGGUAACUACUGCAUCAUCUGGUCGGGACAGAUUUUCGUCUUAUGCCAAGUAUGAAAUCAGACCUGUCCAAGACACAAAUGUCUUCAUUAUCAUACAGCAGAAACUUUAUAUACCAGGAAAAACAAUUUGUUGCCAAACCUAUGGAAUAUCACCGAAUGCACGUGCAUGUCGAACAUCGAGAUGCGAUUGCCUCUGCUACAAAACAGCCAACUUCAAUUUCUGUCGGAAUGAAUAUGUGCUUCUUAACGAUGCAGGACCUACAUGUUCACCUCGCACCCCAACUUUAGAAACAAAAAGUAUUUCUGAAGUUGACAAGAUAAAAGGUCUUUCAAGAUGCUUCGUAACAAACUGUGGACAGCAGACGACCAAGAGCGGUUGCCAUGGUAUAUCGGGCUGCAGUUGGUGUUCGAAAGAUAGAAAUCUUAGAAGUUUACCGUCACCGUAUUGCACAAGACAAGAAAGUUGCUAUUUUGGAAUCGAAAGCCUGUCGCAAUGCCCAUCUGGAAUCUGUGAAGCUACCACACCGUCGCCUGAUGAGGAAGAAAGUGAUAAUAAGUCUAACAUAAUUGGUGCAGUAGUUGGCUGUGUAGUUGCUGUAGCAGUUAUUGUUGGGGUUGGAGUGUUCAUCUAUAAGAAGCGGCAUACACCUCACAGUUGUUCUAGCAGGACUGCUGCAAAUACUAGCAACAUGCCAACAAAUACAACAUUUUCAAGAGACAAUCCCGCAUUUGAUACACAGCCAAGUGUGACAUAUAAUAAUCAGCUUAAUGCUGGUAAUGGUGCAUUUUACGACAAUAGACCUCCUCAGGUACAACCAUCUGCCCCGAAUCAACAGAUGUCGUCACAGCAUGUGGCUCCACCUACGUACGACGAGUCACAAAAACAUCCUCCGUAUAUGUACCCAUAGUGAUAUAUUUCUGUUUCUUGUGUCUUUCCCAUAAUAUUUGAUGUCAUUUAUCAACAGGUAUUUACUCAGUAUAUGUCUAUGAUUUUAUAUGUUAUUUGUUAUGAAUUUUCAUAUUGAAUAAGGUCUGUGCACAGUAUGCGUUUUAAUGAUGCAUACAGUAUAUGAUGAAAGAUGAGUGUUGCAAAAAACAUGCAGUUGCUAGAUUUUGAAUAAGUACACUUGUGUAUUUGAAAUGAUAAAUAUAUUGGACUACGUUAUAACAAGAUGCUUCAUAAAAUAUAUUGUACGUAUCCGAUAUGGAUUUUUGUACAUUAUUUGAUGACAUAAACGUUAUAUACUUCCAUGCAUUCUAGGGCCGUAGUUUCAUCUGUCAGUCUUACUUCACAAUGCUAGGAGUGGACUCUAGCGAAAUAUGUUAAUUUACCAUGUUUUCUUUUGUAAACUGAGUAUUACUUUGUAGAUACUUGUUAUCUCGCCAGUGGAUGUAUAAAAGUUGGAUGUUAUGCGCACCCUAAAGUGUGCCAAAUAUCGAUAUCUGACACCAGAACUGAUGACCUCUGAUUUCUGCCUCAUGCUGCUCAUAUACGUUUUUAUUCAGUGCAAAGUUUUACUUUAUUUUGUAUUUAAUUUUAAACAUAUGCAUUAAUGUUUGAUAUUUCUAUGUGUGUGUACUUGUAUUACUUAAAUCUGACCCAGGCAUAUCAGAAAAUAGACAGUAAUAGUGUAUGGUGGUGUGUGUUCUUUAUGUAUGUUUGGUUCAUCCUCUACAAUAUGUAUUUUUACUCUGCUAGAAAUAAAGAUAUUCAAAGUUUAA